UCUAAAAACAAAAACUGAAAAAGCCAUCUCCAUAGUCCUUCCUUUAUACGUGCCCUAUUCAUAUAUCCCAUCCCAUCAAACCAAAUGCUGCAUAAUAACCAUGCAAACUCAUCAUCAGUACUACUCAUUCUCUUGUGAGAGUGCCUCUUGCAGCAGCAGCUUAGAUGAUGAAGAUUCCAUCUUCCUCUCUCUUGCUCCUCCUGGCCACCAAAUACCUCCCAAACUCACACCCCCUCAUCCCACUAUUAGUACUACUAUCCCUCCCUUGCAUCAAAUACCUAUUUCUACUACUACCUCUCUCCACCAUCACCAUACUUGUGCUGUAAAUGUAGCACUUAAUGCCCUAAUUAAUCCAACUUUCACUUCAAAACCAUCUCACACUCCCAUUAUUCCUCAAUAUUGGAUCCCUUCUCCUGCUCAAAUCCUUGUUGGUCCUACCCAGUUUUCUUGCACUGUUUGCAACAAAACCUUCAACCGUUUCAACAACAUGCAGAUGCAUAUGUGGGGACAUGGAUCUCAAUAUAGGAAAGGACCGGAGUCUCUAAAAGGGCCAAAACCAGCAUCAUCUUCAUCAAUGCUGAAACUACCAUGUUACUGUUGUGCUGAGGGUUGCAGAAACAAUAUAAACUAUCCAAGGGCAAGACCACUGAAAGAUUUCAGAACCCUUCAAACACACUACAAGAGAAAGCACGGAGGGAAAUCAUUCGAGUGCAGAAAGUGUAGGAAGACAUUUGCUGUGAGAGGAGAUUGGAGGACUCAUGAGAAGAAUUGUGGGAAGCUUUGGUUUUGUAUCUGUGGUUCUGAUUUCAAACACAAAAGAUCGCUAAAAGACCAUGUUCGUGCGUUUGGUAAUGGCCAUGCUCCUCACACAUUGGAAUCUUUGAGUUUUGAUGGACAUAAAGUAAAUGAAAAUUACAUGGAAGAAGAAGAAAGUGGAAGUGAAGAUGAUGACAAUGACAGUGAAGUUGUUUUUAGUUUGAAUUAAAACCAAAUAGAUGUACUGUUUGUAUGAUGUUUGGUUGUUUUUUUGUUGUUGUAAACUAUUAGUACUUGGAUUGAUCCACCAUGUUUGUCUCUUUGUUUGUUUCUGAUAGAAAGAGAGUGAAAAGGAGAGUGGGAAGAAAGAGACAAAGACUGAAAUGAAAGCUAAGGUUCUUCUUGCAUUAAAUUGUCAAGG